AUGUCGGAUCUGGGUUCGGAGGAGUUGGAGGAGGAGAGAGAAAAUGAUCUUGGGGAGUAUGAGGGGGAGAGGAACAAUGCAGGUGAGCGGCAUGGGCACGGGAGAGCCAGACUUUCCAAUGGGGACACCUACGAGGGGAGUUACGAAUUUGGUAAAAGACAUGGCCAUGGAACUUACAGAUUUAAAAAUGGUGCCCGCUACAUUGGAGAAUAUGUCAAAAAUAAAAAGCAUGGUCAAGGCACUUUCAUAUAUCCGGAUGGAUCACGAUAUGAAGGAGAGUGGGCGGAUGACCAGAGACAUGGCCACGGCGUAUACUACUAUGUCAACAAUGACACCUACACGGGAGACUGGCUUUUUCAUCAGAGGCACGGGCAAGGCACCUAUGUCUACGCGGAGACGGGCAGCAAGUAUGUUGGCAAAUGGGUGAAUGGGCAGCAGGAGGGUGCAGCUGAGCUUAUCCACCUGAACCACAGGUACCAGGGCAAGUUCCUGAACAAAAAUCCUGUUGGCCCUGGAAAAUAUGUGUUUGAUAUCGGAUGUGAACAACACGGUGAAUAUCGCUUAACAGAUGUAGAAAGAGGUGAGGAGGAAGAGGAGGAGGAAACAUUAGUAACAGUCGUUCCCAAAUGGAAAGCCACCAAAAUCACGGAGUUGGCGCUGUGGACGCCGCGAAUCUCUGAGGAGAAGCAGCCUGCAGAGGCGCAGGCUGCACAGGAGGACACCGCGGGCACUGAGGUGACCGACACUGGGGAGGACACUCAGCCACUGACUGACAUUUCUGAAGGUGAGGCCGUUGAAGAGGAUGUAGAUGUCUCCCGGGAGGAGGGCCGGGACUACGCCCAGGAGGAGUUCCGAUAUGACGUGGACCAAGGAAAUACUUCUUUUGAAGAAGAAGAAACUAGACUGUCAGAAAUGACAGAGUAA